AUGAUCCGCGUCGGCGGCCGCUUCACCCGCCCGGCGCGCAUCUUCGUCGUCACGCCCAGCGCCGCGGCGCCGGAGCGGCCGUCCGAGGCGUCGGCGACGGAGGCCGAGGCGCCGGGCACGCUGAUCGUGGACCCCGCGUUCAAGACGCUCGUGCGCGUGGCGCACCCGACGCCGGAGUACGAGCGCGUCCUCGACGGCAUGCCCGACGUGUUCGUGGGCUCCCCGCAGCGCCUGGAACGCACCAUGGCCUACCUGUCGACGUUCGUGCGGUCGUCCUUCGCGGCGAACGGCACGGACGUGCCCCCGUGGCGGCGCCUGGGGAGCAUGCUCGAGCGCUGGACGCGGGCGCGCUCGUACGAGGACCGCCGCCCGAGCCUCGACACGACCGCGCAGGACGCGCGCCCGCGGUGUGCCGUCCCGUGCGACGACAAGGGGCAGCUGCACUACCACACCGGCCCGGUCACCUCGCCGACCUACUUCGGCUUCCUCCCCUGCGGCAACUUCGUCACGCCGCGCCACUGA